AUGGCGCAUAAUAUAGAGAGUGAUAAAGGUGAUUUGAAUAAAAUAAAUAAAUUUAAUGGGAGAAUACUUAGAAAUAGACAAUAUAAAAGACCUUUACUGGAUCCGAGGCCGACAAAACGAUUAUUUACACCAGAAAUAAAAAGACAUCUUAAAAGUUGGCUUGUCAGAAGGAGAGAAAAUCCUUAUCCCAAUAGGGAAGAAAAAAUUGAAUUGGCUGCACAAACGGGUUUGACCUAUAUUCAGAUAUGUAAUUGGUUUGCAAAUUGGAGAAGAAAGUUAAAAAAUUCAGGGAAGAAUAUAAAUAAAUUCACGUGGAGUAAUUUGAUAAAAAGUUAUAACGAUCAAGCAAUGGGCAACGUUGAACAUUUAAGCAUAAGUUCAAACGAUAGCAUAUGGGACGAAACGGAUAUUGAUAAAUCAGAUAAAAAUCAAAUAAAACGUUAUUUACCCGAUAAUGACUAUCCAGAUGAUUGUCCGACAUUUUUUCGUGUCGGAGUGAAAAAUAAUAUUAAUAAUUGUAAUUUAUCAUGUUUUUCAAAACCGGAACAAACGAACAAGUCUGAUUAUCUUCCACAGUGUUUUCAAAUAAGUUCGACAAGCACCGAUCAAAAAAAUAUAUUACGUACGAAUAAUAAAUGUCGGUUGGGUAAUAAUAAUUCUUCAUUGUUGACAAAAUGGAAAAAAAGUGCCGCUCUUUUUCAACCUAAUAAAAAAAAAUAUUCCACCGUUGAAUUUAUACAAAAAAAAUCUAACGGUUUUUUAAUUAAAUUUGAUCAUUUUCACGGUAGGGAAGAACUUGACGCAGCAGAAGCUUUAACGUUUUUAUCGAGAGCGUCAUCAAAUAAUUUGUAA